UGAAAAAAAUUGAUAGGACGUGAGUAAUAACACCCCAUACAAAAUUCACUUAUCACAAAUAAAAAUCUUGUCGCAUAAUUUAAUCUAAAUUCAAUUUAUAAAACUUAUCUGAUGAUUAAGUUGAGUCACUAUCCAAGUAGAAACUGCAAUAGUAACAUCUGUACAUGAGAAAUAUUACUACGAUGGUGUUUUUAAUAAUAUUGCUGACCAUUAAAUUGUCUACCGGACUAUCCAGUGGUACCCAUGAUGAGGCCUACAAACAUUUAAAGCUGGGCAAGGAGUGUAUCUCAAACGAUCAGUUACUAGAUGCCUUAAGUAAUUUCCACAAGGCUGUUGAGGCAGACCCACAAAACUAUUUGACAUAUUUUGAGAGGGGUAAUGCUUAUCUCUUAUUGGAAGAAUUCAAAAACGCUUUAAGAGAUUUUAAUCAGGCUUUAGAACUGAAACCUAAUUACACACCUGCCAUAAUCAAGAAGGCUAAAAUUUAUAUGAAACAAUGUAAAUUUGAUUCAGCCCGACUUCAUUAUGAUGCUGUUUUAAUGGAAGAUCCAUACAAUAAAGAAGCCAUCCUUGCCACCAAGAUGAUAGACCGAACAGAAGCAACAGUCCAAAAAGCAAAAAGUUUAUACGAACGCAAGAAAUACGAUGCUGCCUUCGACAAACUGACCGAUGCCAUACAAACAUGUCCUUGGUCACCUGAUCUCUACGAGCUAAGAGUCAACAUUAACAUUGCAGACGGCUUCAAAAAAAGCGCAAUUUUGGACCUACAGUCCAUUCUUCAAUUAGAAACGUACAAUACCGAAGGAUAUUUUAGGGUGAGCAUUCUAUUUUACCAAUUGGGGCAAGUGUUUUUUGCCUUGCAAAGCGUUAGAGAAUGUCUAAAAUUCGAUCCUGAACACACAAGAUGUUUCUCGUUCUACAAGAAGAUCAAGAAGGUGAAUAAGUUGUUGGAGGGUGCCAUGAACGCUUUAAAGGAAGAACAGUACGAGUUGUGCGUAAAUAAAGCGAAAAAUGUGAUGAAAGAGGAACGACAAGUGGAGGAUGUCAGGCACGAGGCCAACGUAUUAUUGUGUAGCUGUUAUUCUAAAGAUCAAAAAUCUUCAGAAGCAAUUAAAUUUUGUACAAAAGCGAUAAAUUACCAGCACAACCCUGCUCAGUAUUGCGACAGAGCUGAUGCGUAUUUGCAAGCAGGAGCAUACUCUUCUGCCUUUAAGGAUUAUAAUUUCGCUUUGAAGCUCGAUGGGGAGAAUUUAAGAGCUCGCGAUGGGAUAUGGGUUCUUAGCAAACAUGUGAAUUUGGAAAACUUGGAAUAUUUGAAGCGGGAAUUAUAAUUUUAUUCAUUAUAUUUUAUAUACUAUAGACAAAUUGUCACGUUUUUUGUACAAAAUUAAAACCUACAGGGUAAUUUUUAAGUAUGAAAACUGAAGAAAUCAUAAUAGCAAUUUUUCAUGCCUUACAAAUGGAAAAAUGGUUUGUUGAAAUAGGAUAAAGAAUACGAAUUUAUGGAGGUGUCUCGUUCUCAAAUGGACCACACUGUAUAUAUGUCACUUUAGUAAAAAGUAAAAAAUAGAGGUGUAAAAUCAUUUUUCACUGUAAUCUUUAUUUAUUAAACAGUAUUUACAAUGUAUGACUAAGAACUUAUCGAUAUUCCGUUUCCUUUAUCAUAUAUAUCGAUUUAAAUAAAAAAUAUAUACCAUAGAUAAAAUAAAUAAACUACAAACAAGUUAACGUGCCGAACUCUAUGAACUGUUUAUCUAUUGUCUAUGGUCCUAACCUAACAUUUUUGUAAACAAACCAUAUUAUGGAAAAAUAACAGAACAAGUUUCUCCAUGUACUUAAAAAUGGAUGAUGACAUAUUUUCACUAAGUGAAUUCACACAGGGAUCACCAGUGCUAUCCCGCAUACACACACAACUGUCACCCCCAAUUUACAACACAAGACGUUCGCCGGUAAUAAGUACAAUAAGGACAAGUUAUUCCUUCGGACAAGUAAAAAAGAACGUUUUUAAAAAUGCAACGUUAGGUAAUGAAACAGACUCUUCAGAUAUAUUUUGCAGUCAGGGAAGUGUAAUGUCUGAUAAACCUAUUUUCCAUGACAGUUCUUCAUCUGAUGAUGAGGAAACUCUUAUAGAACAAUUCUCUAGUCAAGACUGUACAAAAGUGGAAAUGAGCCACGUAAAUAAUUUAUACUACAACCCCGUAAAACGACGGAAAAGACAUAAAGGCUUGGCGCACCAGCUGCACAAGACUGUGGAACUACAGAGGAGUCGACAGACGUUUUGGAAACAUGAAAUGUCUUUUGAUAAAUGUGUAAAUAAAGACUUUUAUAAAUUCAGAGUUACGUUAUGUUGGCAGGAAUAUGGAAAUGUUAUGUGUGAUUGUUCUGAUACAAAAAUAUUAUUGAUAAUAAACAGUUCUUUAAUUACAAAAGAUGAUGUACCAAAGUGUAGUGAUUUCAGUUGUAUUUUGUAUAAACCAUUUAAUUCACGUGAAAUCUGUUUUAGGAAUGAAAGUUAUAAAUGUUUAUUUAACAUUUCCAAAUUUAUUUUUUUAAAAGAGGUUAAUUAAUACAAUUAUGACACAGUUAUUAACUUUAAAAUCGUUUAUUUAUGAGGUGGAUGGUGUAAAUAUUUGCAAAUGAUUUAAUUCUUUUUGAAGGAAUGUAUCUUUUUAUAUUUUUGUAAAA